AUGUCCUCCACAGUCAAAGGUAUGCUUAUUAGGAGUAGUGCACCGGUGGGGUUCUGCUGCGGCAGCAGCAGGAGGCAGAGACUGUUCAAGGGGAAGUUCGUGGAUCUGAAUGAUUAUUUACUUAUAAAAGAAAACCGUUCAAUCAUACGGUUGAGCCAGAGUGGUCGAGUUUGUGGGAUCCGCGCCUGUCAGGAUAGGUAUAACAAUGGUGGGUUCGAUAACAUUUCCAAGCCACCGUUGCAGACCAAAACCCGAGCACAAACUCUCAGUAGUAGUACCCCAGCUGUAUCGGACCCAACACCCACCGCUACAAAGAGAGUAUUUACUUUUGGAAAAGGAAGGAGCGAAGGCAACAAGAGCAUGAAGUCUCUGGUAAGCACCCAACUUGUUUUGACUGUUAUCAAAUUUCAUGCUGGGGGGAAGGGAGCAAACUUGGCAGAGAUGGCAAGCAUUGGUUUAUCAGUGCCACCUGGACUCACCAUAUCAACAGAAGCAUGCCAUGAAUAUCAGCAGAAUGGAAAAGAGCUGCCAGAAGGUUUAUGGGAAGAGAUAUUGGAAGGCUUAAAAUGUGUGGAGAAGGACAUGGGAGCUUUCCUUGGUGACCCUUCCAAACCUCUCCUCCUCUCUGUUCGUUCUGGCGCAGCGAUUUCCAUGCCUGGUAUGAUGGACACUGUCCUUAACCUUGGACUGAAUGAUCAAGUGGUUUCUGGUUUGAGUGCGAAAAGUGGAGAGCGUUUUGUCUAUGACUCUUUCAGGCGCUUUCUAGAUAUGUUUGGAAAUGUUGUGAUGGGAAUUCCACACUCAUUAUUUGAAGAGAAGUUAGAAAAGAUGAAGGAUUCAAAAGGCGUAAGGCUUGAUACUGACCUAACAGCUGCUGACCUCAAAGAACUUGUCGAGCAGUACAAGAAAGUCUACCUUGAAGUGAAGGGUAAAGAGUUUCCAUCAGAUCCAAAAAAACAACUGCAGUUAGCAGUGACGGCAGUUUUUGAUUCUUGGGACAGUCCAAGAGCCAUUAAGUACCGGAGCAUCAAUCAAAUUACUGGCUUAAAAGGAACUGCUGUAAAUAUCCAAAGCAUGGUUUUUGGGAAUAUGGGAAAUACUUCAGGAACAGGUGUUCUGUUUACUAGAAAUCCGAGCACUGGUGAAAAGAAGCUAUAUGGGGAGUUUCUAAUCAAUGCUCAGGGAGAGGACGUGGUUGCUGGAAUUAGAACACCUGAAGACUUAGUUACAAUGAAAAAUUGCAUGCCUCAAGCUUACGAUGAGCUUGUGGAGAACUGUGAAAUUCUAGAGCGCCAUUACAAAGAUAUGAUGGAUAUUGAGUUCACAGUUCAAGAAAACAGGCUUUGGAUGUUGCAAUGCCGAUCUGGAAAGCGGACUGGAAAAGGUGCAGUAAAGAUAGCUGUAGACAUGGUUAGCGAAGGGCUUGUUGAUAUUCGCUCUGCAAUUAAGAUGGUGGGCCCACAGCAUCUUGACCAACUUCUUCAUCCACAAUUUGAGAAUCCAUCUGCUUACAAAGACAAAGUGGUCACGAUAGGCUUGCCUGCAUCUCCAGGGGCAGCAGUGGGGCAGGUAGUGUUCAGCGCUGAAGAUGCUGAAGAAUGGCAUGCGCAGGGAAAAAGUGUCAUUCUGGUAAGAACAGAAACCAGCCCAGAGGAUGUUGGUGGUAUGCAUGCAGCUGCUGGAAUCUUGACAGCUAGAGGUGGAAUGACAUCUCAUGCUGCUGUGGUAGCACGUGGUUGGGGAAAAUGUUGUGUUUCUGGCUGCUCUGAUAUCCGUGUAAAUGAUGCCGAGAAGGUUGUUGUAAUUGGCGAUGUUGUGAUUAGCGAAGGAGAAUGGAUCUCACUCAAUGGAUCUACUGGUGAAGUGGUAUUGGGGAAGCAGCCGCUAUCUCCUCCAGCUCUAAGUGGCGAUCUAGAGACAUUUAUGUCUUGGGCUGAUGAAAUAAGGCGCAUCAAGGUCAUGGCAAAUGCUGAUACUCCUGAAGAUGCACUAACAGCAAGAAAUAAUGGUGCCCAAGGGAUUGGACUUUGUAGGACAGAGCACAUGUUCUUUGCUUCCGACGAGAGGAUAAAGGCUGUGAGAAAGAUGAUAAUGGCAGUUACAACAGAUCAGAGGAAGGCAGCACUAGACCUAUUACUACCUUAUCAAAGAUCAGACUUUGAGGGAAUUUUUCGUGCAAUGGAUGGCUUUCCAGUAACAAUCCGUCUAUUGGAUCCUCCACUUCAUGAAUUUCUGCCAGAAGGUGACCUGGAACAAAUUGUCAGUGAACUAACUACAGAGACUGGCAAGAUGGAAGAUGAAGUGUUCUCAAGAAUCGAGAAAUUAUCAGAAGUAAAUCCUAUGCUUGGCUUCCGAGGCUGCAGGCUAGGGAUAUCAUACCCAGAACUCACUGAAAUGCAAGCACGUGCAGUCUUUCAGGCUGCAGUCUCAAUGAGCAGCCAAGGUGUUACUGUUCUUCCUGAGAUAAUGGUUCCUCUUGUUGGAACACCGCAGGAAUUAGGACAUCAAGCGACUCUAAUAAGGAAUGUAGCAAAGAAAGUGUUUUCUGAAAUGGGUGUAACCUUGAGCUAUAAGGUGGGGACCAUGAUUGAGAUUCCUAGAGCUGCUUUGGUUGCAGAUGAGAUUGCAAAACAAGCAGAGUUCUUCUCCUUCGGAACCAAUGAUCUCACACAGAUGACAUUUGGGUAUAGUAGAGAUGACGUUGGCAAGUUUCUCCCCAUAUACCUAUCAAAAGGCAUUUUGCAAAGCGAUCCCUUUGAGGUACUUGAUCAGAAAGGCGUAGGCCAACUCAUUAAGAUUGCCACCGAAAGGGGCCGUGCAGCUCGGCCGAGCUUGAAGGUUGGAAUAUGUGGAGAACAUGGUGGGGAGCCUUCUUCUGUGGCAUUCUUCGCAGAGGCAGGACUAGACUAUGUUUCAUGUUCUCCAUUCAGGGUUCCCAUUGCAAGGCUAGCAGCUGCACAGGUUGCAGUCUGA